AGAGAACAGUUCACUUUCAAAUUUAUAACUUUUCUUGUAAAUAAUCAUUCAUAAUAUUGUAAUCAAGCAUACAUUCAUCUUAAACGAAAAAAUGCCUCCACCAAAGGCCAGACUACACAAGAGCACGGGAAAACUGAAAACAAUUCCGAAAACGCCACCAACCGUGGCUGCUAGGGCGACUGCGAAUGUUUCUUCCAGUUCUAGCGACACAGCUUCGCAAUCUAACCCGUCGGAUUCCGAUCGACAGUUUGAACUGGAGCUUUACUGGUGCAUCCAGCAACUCGAAAAUUCUUUAAAUGCGCCUCACGUACGGGAAAAUAAUAAGAAAGUUGAAGAUGCGAUGAAACUGAUAAAUGUUCUCAAAUCUGCCAAUCAACCACUGAUCAAGAAACGCCAAAUUAUGCGCACGACUUUCGGUGACUAUCGUUCAAAAAUGGCAGAGGAGGAGAAAACCAUGGCAUUGAAUCCGGAAAGUGUGCGCUUUGACGCCCCGAAAAAGAAAGCCAAAUACCACUUUGUAAAGAAAGCGGCUAUACUCAACGAAGAGAACAAGGAUUUCCGAUUCAACUUCGCUAACAUUCAGUUAGACGAUGAGGAGAAGAGCCAGGAACAACCAGAUGAGCCAACCGUCAGCUGCCGUAGAGAGGUUAAAGUUAGGACUAUUCCGCCAUCCGACAAUUCGUUUAGAUUUAAUUUCGCUAUUGAAAAUUAGACUCGGAGGAAUAAAACAAGUUAAAACACAUUGAAAAA